GGCUCCAGUAGUAACCGAGCCGCCGCGACGAGACGAGGAACGCAGCGGCGGCGUCCCACACCGGAGCGUAUCGUCUGUUCCUCUUUUUCCCUUCGUCGCCGCCGCGUCCACCGACGAUCGCAAAACGACGAGCGCGCAGGCCUCGAGGAAUUUUGCAUCCCGGGUGCAGUGAAGUUUCUGUGAACACCGUGCUCGGAUAUACCAGUUGCUGUUUCACCGAAUCGAAAAGGAAUUAGUCGGACGAAUUAGCCAUCGUCGGGCGUAAGUCGGAUCCUGGAGGUCCGUUUGAAACGGUUGCAGGGACGCGUUCUCCGAAAGCAGAAGUGAAAGUACACCAGCGCAGAAGAUCGCGUUUAUCUCGAUGAUCAGAGCACGUGCUGGUGUCCAGUAAUAGUCUCAGAUGUGAACAGGAUCGAUCGGGCAUCGAGAUGAGGCUCGCAUUAAGUGUCGUUUGUUCGCUCCUGUUGAUCCUCCCGUCGUCCUUCGCGGACGAGCGCCAGGACGACGUGGGAUGUCCGCACUUGUGCAUGUGCUUCGGGACUACCGUCAGAUGCAUGUUUCAGAAGUUGGAUCGUGUGCCACGGGUGCCGACCAACACCACGGUCCUAGAUUUACGGUUCAACAACAUAGCAGACAUCCGACCGGGAUCGUUCCAUGGCCUGAACGAUUUGCAAACACUUCUGUUGAACGACAACCAGAUCAGAUAUCUUCUACCAAGAGUUUUCGAGAGCACGCCUAACUUGAGAAUCCUCUAUUUGUACAAGAACCGGUUAAAACGAAUCGCACCCGGCGCCUUUUCCGGGCUGCCGCAUUUAAAGCAAUUAUACCUGCACUACAACCACCUGAAGGAGAUCAAAAAAGGUACGUUCAACGAUCUACCGUCGCUGGAGAGGCUGUUCCUGCACAGCAACCAGCUGCAUCAUCUACCAGCGGACGCGUUCCAAAACGUCGGCCCGAUGACGCGUCUACGGUUGGACAGCAAUGCCCUCGUCUGCGACUGCAAUUUGGUCUGGCUGGUGCAGAGGCUUCAGAGCAGACCGUCCGAAAUGGCUGCGAUUUGCCAAGCACCGGACGAGAUGAAAGGAAGGUCGUUGACGACCAUGUCGCCGGACGAGUUUCAUUGCACGAAGCCGCAGAUAAUGAACGGGCCGCAGGAUGUCGAGGUGCAUUUGGGCGGUACCAUCACGUUCACUUGCGAGGUGAUCGGCGAUCCGUUACCGGAAGUCAAAUGGAUGCGAGAUUCCAACGAGGUUCCCAUCGACGGCGCCCGUUACGUGAUGCAAAACGACGGGACGUUGAUAAUAUCGGACGCGACUGAAGAAGACGUCGGCGAAUACGAAUGCUUGGCUCACAGUGAAAUGGGCUCGACGAAAUCGAGAAAAGCGCGAGCUCUGAUCACAGCGUUCCCACCGUUGCAAUUUAUCCAGUUGCCCGAAUCGCAGACGGUCAGAGUCGGCUCGAACGUCUCCCUCGCUUGCAAAGUAGACGGACGUCCACCACCGAGCGUCCAAUGGGCGAGAAAUGGUCAACCGUUGAACGCGAAUAGUCGAAUCUCUCUGGAGAACGACGGGACUCUGCUGAGGAUCUUUUCAGCCAGAGAAUCAGACACCGCGAGAUACGUUUGCCAAGCGAGGAACGCUAAUGGAUUCGCAGAAACGAGCGCGGAUUUGAACGUGGUCGACGAGUUUUAUAGUCCUCCGCGUUUGACGUACGAACCACAGGACAUGGAAGCAGAGCCUGGGACCAUUAUCGAAGUCCCCUGCAGGGUGGAAGGUCAUCCGAAACCUGUGAUACAGUGGAAGAAGGACGGGACUGCCGUGGAAGGGAACAGAGUUCGAAUCUCCAGAGGAGGAAGCUUGUACCUUUACAACGUCACAACCGCAGACACUGGAAGAUACGAAUGUUCUGCGGUGAACCAAUAUGGUCGCGCAACGGCCCAGGCGUUGAUUCGCGUUCGCCAGCCGGGCGCCACAGACGUUCUCGUGAUAAGAGCAUUUAAAGAUGCCAAGGAGGAGAUCGAUCGAGCCAUAAAUAACACCCUGAUGAGUCUCUUCAGUGGUGACAGGUCCGCGCGAGCGAAUCCAUUUAGGCUCGCACGUUUCCCGGACGCGGUGGGCCGCGCGGCCGCCAGACCAGCUGAGAUCUUCGAAAGGACGCUCGUCAAUGUACGACGGAUGGUGAACGCCGGUAUGAAGGCGAACGCCACCGACGAGUUCCGAUAUGAAGAAAUUCUGAGCGCCGAACAGGUGAGAGAGAUUGAGAGAUUGUCGGGGUGCACUGGGCACAGGCACCGACGGAAUUGCACUAACAUGUGCUACCACAACAAAUACCGUAGCGUUGACGGCAGCUGCAACAACCUGCGUCAUCCAACCUGGGGUUCCUCUUACACCGGUUUCCGCAGGAAUCUGCACCCGAUCUACGAGAACGGGUUCUCGUCCCCGGUCGGCUGGGAGAGAGGACGCCGUUACUACGGAUUCCCGAAACCGUCCGCACGUUUGAUCUCCACGACUUUGAUAGCUACUCAUAACAUAACUUCCGACUCGAGGAUCACGCACAUGGUGAUGCAAUGGGGUCAGUUCCUCGACCACGACCUGGACCACGCUCUCCCGGCGGUCUCCAGCGAGUCCUGGGACGGAAUAGAUUGUAAAAAGGUCUGUGAGAACGCUGCGCCCUGUUUCCCGAUGGACGUACCGCCUGGUGACCCUAGAGUCACGAACAGAAGAUGCAUCGAUUUCAUCAGGACCAGCGCGGUUUGCGGUUCCGGUGCGACCAGCGUUCUUUGGGGUAACGUCACCCCCCGGGAGCAAUUGAACCAGUUGACCAGCUACCUGGAUGCAUCUCAAGUGUACGGGUACGACGACGCUUUGGCCAGAGACCUGCGCGAUUUCUCCACCGAUCACGGCCUCCUACGAGAGGGACCAACGAUCCCUGGUCAUAAACCUCUCCUCCCGUACGCUUCCGGCCAGUUCGUAGAUUGCAGAAGGAAUCCUCUGGAGAGUUCCAUUAAUUGCUUCGUAGCUGGAGACAUCAGGGCGAACGAACAGGUCGGUCUUCUAGCGAUGCAUACGAUAUGGCUGCGAGAACAUAAUCGCAUAGCUCGCAGCCUGCGCGAAAUGAAUCCGCAUUGGAACGGGGAGAAGUUGUACCAAGAGUCGAGGAAGAUCGUCGGUGCCGAGAUGCAGCACAUCACUUAUCAACACUGGAUACCUCACGUGUUCGACGGUACCGCUGAAGAACUUCUCGGCUCGUAUCGAGGCUACGACCCCAACGUAGACGCCAGUAUUUCCAAUGUGUUCGCCACUGCCGCUCUCCGAUUCGGACACACGUUGAUCCAACCGCGGUUAGAUCGUCUAAACGAGUCCUUCGAAUCGAUACCUCAAGGUCCUCUCAAACUGAGAGACGCCUUUUUCGCACCUUGGAGAUUGGUGGAAGAGGGCGGCGUGGAUCCUCUGAUACGAGGAAUGUUUGCGACCGCGGCAAAACUGAAACUCCCAGAGCAGAAUUUGAACACGGAAUUAACGGAACAGUUGUUCCGCACGGCUCACGCGGUCGCCUUGGACUUGGCCGCGAUGAACAUUCAGCGUGGCAGAGAUCACGCUCUGCCGGGUUACUUGGAAUGGCGCCGAUUUUGUAACAUGUCCCACGUCGAGACGUUCGAGGAUCUAGCUGGUGAAAUUCGUAGCGCGAAAGUCAGACAAAAGUUGAGGGAACUUUAUGGUCAUCCUGGGAACGUGGACGUUUGGGUCGGCGGAGUGCUAGAGGAUCAAUUGCCUAACGCGAAAGUCGGCCCGCUGUUCAAAUGCCUGUUGCUGGAACAGUUCAAGCGUACCAGAAACGGCGACAGAUUUUGGUACGAGAGUCCGACUGUGUUCAAACCAGAACAACUGACGCAAAUAAAGCAAACGAGUUUAGCCAGGAUUCUGUGCGACAAUGGCGAUAACAUUAACAGAAUUCAACCGAACGUGUUUCUCCUGCCGGAGGGCGAUAACAAAUUUGUCAGCUGCGAGGAGCUCCCGUAUAUAGAUUUAAGAGUUUGGUCCGAUUGCUGCGACGGAUGCGAGGAUCAGAGCAACACGAUUUCUAGAUUCAGACGUAGCGCCGCUAAGUACUCCCCGGCACUCAAUAAUCCCCCCUUAAAAGAUCUGAGUACGCAGAAUCAGAGCGAGAGAAUCGCGUAUUUAGAGCGAACGAUCGAAGAGACGGAGCAAGAAUCUAGGAGAGUCAGAGAUCUCGCCGAAUCUUUGUCCGGCAGAGUGGAACAACUGAAGUCGCUUUUAGAAGAUCUGAAGAGGUCGAAGUAAAGAGGUGCCAUUCUUCCAACGCGUGUUCAUUUUUAUUCAUUCGGAAAACAUUGACUCUGCACGAUUAUCGUUGUACAUACACAGAUCAUAGAAGCUGUCGCGUUAGUUAGUUGGUCGGAGUGUCGUCACUGUCGUCGUCGGACCCGUCAGUCUUCUGCUGGACGCGACGCGCGACGCGUCGUUUAAGCGUUUUCUAUUAUUUCUAGUCUCACGUCUGAUAAUAAUGGUACUAAAAAGAGCUUAAAUGAUAUUUAUAGAAGCAAUGAUAGAGCUUAUUCUCCUGUUGCGACUUUUUAUCUUCGGCUAGGAAAAACUAUAUAUAAAAAUUGCUUUGUUAGGUUACACAGUAGAUUACAGAAGGCGUCUCGUAUUCAAUAUGUCUGAACGAUCAACGAUCGUAGUUUCCUUUUUCUAAUCGUUUCCUCUACGCUGUAACUCUCUUCUUUGUGAGCAACCCAAGGAUCCACAUAUCACUUCGCUCGUUAUUCUCUCAUAUCGUAUUUGUUAGGUGUUAGCGUUAUUAGAUAACUUCGUUAAUAAAGUUUUGCGUUUAUCACAUGUUUUUAAGCAAAGAAGAAACCGUAAAUGCAUGCGAAUCACUGCUAUGUUCAAUUAACAAUCGUAAUUUUAAUGAUUCUGUGCCAUGUGUUCAUUUUAUAUAAUCGACGGGAACAUUAUAUUGGUAGACUGCAGAUUUGUGUGCAAAUUAAAAUAUUUUCAAUGCCAAUA